AUGUUUGAAGCCAGACUUACACAAGCUGAUGUAUGGAAGAAAAUUAUAGACGCAAUCAAGGAUCUCGUUCAGGAAGCGACUCUUGAUUGUACUGAAAAUGGAAUCAGUUUACAAGCCAUGGACAACGCUCAUGUGAGCCUGGUGUCAUUGUUGCUACGCAGUGACGGUUUCGAAACAUACAGAUGUGACCGGAAUCUAUCUUUGGGUUUAAAUAUCACCAGUGCGUCUAAAAUACUGCGUUGUGCUAGUGGCAAUGAUGCAGUCACCCUCAAAGCUGAAGAUAAGGCUGACACAUUAACAUUUGUAUUCGAGUCGAAAAAUCAAGAGAAGUCAUCUGAAUUUGAAAUAAAGCUGAUGGAUCUGGAUACUGACCACCUAGGGAUACCCGACACUGAUUACAAAUGUAUUAUACGAAUGCCUUCGGCCCAGUUACAGAGAAUCUGUCGAGACUUAAGUCAAAUAGGGGAUUCCGUCGUGAUAUCUGUUGCUAAGGAUGGUGUUUCAUUCAGUUCGACUGGGGAUUUAGGAACUGGGAAUAUUAAACUUUGUCAGUCUGCUAACUGUGACAAACCCGAGGAAUCUGUUACGGUAGAAAUGCACGAAGCUGUUAGUAUGACGUACUCCUUGCACUACUUCAACAUAUUCACAAAGGCAGCACCACUGUCUGCUCAAGUCGUUUUGUCUUUGACAGAAAACGUCCCUGCAGUUGUGGAGUUCAGUAUUGAAGAUCUGGGUUACAUAAGGUAUUACUUGGCACCAAAAAUUGAAGAUGAUGCUGAUUAA